CGCGCAGCCGCGCCGCAGGACGAGCGGGCGUGCCGACGGGCGCCGCCGCCGACGGCCAAGUAAAAGGCUCCGGCGGCGUUUGGCGGUCAGGGGCGGCAGCAGUGUCCGGCGAGCGGGGAGCCCGUGCGGACCGAGAGCGAGAGUGUGCCCACCGCGACCGAGCUCCGCACGGAACAUGUGAGCGAGCCAGCGCGCGCACAGUCACCAGUGUCCGUAGUGUUUGUGUGUGUCCCACCGGUAUAGUCACUGGUCGUUUUAGAAUGUCCCCGAUGGUGCGUUGGAUCGGCCUCUCGCUGGCCCUGCUGGCCGUCUGCUCGUUUGGAUCACCCCAGCAAGCAUCCAACAACGUCCCGUUCACUGCAUUCGGCUCGCCGGCGCAGCAGCGGCAGCGGGAGCGGCAGCAGGGCGCGCGACUGCUCAACAACAACGUCCUGUCGUUCCAGUCUCGGCCGCCUGGGUUCCCGUUCAACGCUCCGCAGCAGUUCCCUCAGCAGCAGCAGCAGCAGCGGCCGUUCACCGCCUUCCGCCAGCAGCCGCAGCAGCAGUUCCGACCGCCGGCGCAGCCGCAGUUCGGCCAGUUCCGGCCAGUGCUGCGCUUCCCGCCACAGCAGCCACAGGAGCAGCAGCAGCAGAGGCAGGAGCAGCAACAGCAGAAUGUGUUCCGCGCGCCGCCGGUAACGCAGCGGCCGCGGCCUCGCCCCACGCUCUUCCAGUUUGUGAACCGGCCACCUACGACGCCGGCGCCCACUGAGAGCCCCACUCUGCGCUCCAACGAGGUGACCGUGUUCGAGCCGGAGCUGACGGAGCCACGCGGUCGGUUCGGCGCCCCGCCGGCGCCCCGGCCCACGCCCCAGUUCUCGGCGCCCCAGACGUCACCGGCACCACCGCCACGCAGGACACCGUUCGUGUUCUUCGGCAGGCCAAGGAGCACGACCGAGCCCACCGAGCAGCCGCCCAGCGAACAGCCACCGCCAACCACCGAGACCUCGUUCACAACCGAGGACCUCACUGGAGACGGAGGGCUGAUUGACUACGGUGACUAUCCGGAGGGAGACCUGUUUUAUGACUAUGUCGACGAAGUUGGUGAUGUCUUCCCGAGCGUUACUGAGAAUAGUAUCGAGGCCAGCACGGCGAGCGCCCUCAGUCAGUUUGCCGACACGACUGAGCGCAGUCCGAUCACCACUGCGGCGGGCGGAGACGCCGUCUUCACCGACUCCGAGGCACCGGUCGACGCCACCAGUGAACCCGAGACCACCACUGAGUUGGCAACUGCCAGGCCUGCGGAGACCACGGAGCCAUUGUCGGCCGCCGACGUCGAAGCGACCGAGUUCGUGCCUGAUGUCACCGCGACCACGGCUCGGCCUUUGUCCGUCUCCAGCGACAGCGAACUUCAAUCACUGGACUCUGUAGACCUGGGUACCGUGAGUGCGACUGCCGCACCUCUGCCAGCGAGCACGGAGCCGUCACUCUCCGACACGGACUUCACCACGGCCAUCACCGCGCCGCCCACCAACCGCAUCACCCGCGAGACGACACCGUUCGCGCCGCGGCCCACACGUCCCUCGUUCCAGCGGCGCCGGCCCUCCUUCCGGGAUCGGCUACAGGGCCGCAGCCAGGACGGAGGCGCAGCCGAGGAGGCCACACCAGAAAAGGAGACGCCGGCGCCGCGCCGCCUGUCCCUCAGGGAGCGGCUGCGGCAGCAGCUUCUGGAACAGCAACGGGAACAAGCCUCGGCAGCUGCUACUGAUGAGGCGACCGAAGAGCCUGAACCAACUACCAGACCUUCGCCGCGGGCCAGCUUCCGAGAGACAACAAGAGCACCCUCGACUGAGGCAACUACGUCACGUCGCCUUCCGACGGCGAACCGACGCCCACGUCCAUCCAUCAGUAGCAGCGGCGGCGGCGGACUCGCCUCGCUGCUCAGCCAGCUGAAGGACGAAGAGUCGCCGGUUGAGGAGACCACGGCCGCCGCUACGGACGCACCCGAGACAGAGGCGACAACUGAGCAGAUUGAGACCACCACUGCCCGCAGAGCACCCAGUCCUCGCCGAGGACUGGCGGAUAUCAUCGCCAAUGGCUCUCCGGAGCGACCUCGGGCAGUCCAGUCCCUGAUCGAGCGUCUGCGUGGCAGUGCUUCCAGCACGGAACGUCCUGGAGCCAACCGAGACGGCAAGGAACUCCGGGCGGACAGUGAGCGCCAGCGGCCGGUACGUCUGCCACCGCGCAGAAGGCCGGGAUCACGCACCACGACCACGACAACGGAGCCGGCGCCGCCUACCACGGAGUCAGCUGCUGAGUUGGAUGUGGUUGAGGAGGAUGUGUCACGCUUCCUCCCGCCCGGCUUCAAGCCUGUCUCCGAGUCGGUCGAAACUACCACGCUGCGUACCGACGGAGGUGUAGUCAUCAUCGAGGAGGACAUCAACCCCGACCUCCUGCCGGAGAACUUCAAACAGCAGGUGCGUGAGGACCUCGAGAGCUCCAGCACACCGAAGCUGACGCCGCCGCCGCAGACGUUCACACCUAAGGUCGAGGUUCAGGAUGUGGAAGACCUGUCUUCGUUCCUGCCUCCCGGGUUCCAGCUGGAGUCGGUGAGCACCACUAGUGAGAAGAAGCAGCCGGUCAUCAUUGAGGAGGACGUGUCAGCCUUCCUGCCGCCCGGCUUCAAACCUGUGGAAACUACCACGACGGAAAGUUCUGGGCUGCCAGUCGUCGCCAUCGAAGAGGACGUUUCUGCUUUCCUCCCGCCAGGCUACAAGCCCGCAGAAACGACCACCAAAUCCAGUCUCCCGAUCGUCGAGGAGGACGUUUCCGCCUUCCUUCCGCCCGGCUUCAAGCCACGAGAAAAAGCCACCUCAACGUCUAGGCCCAGUGUUCCAAUCGUCGUCGAGGAGGAUGUAUCGGCGUUUUUGCCGCCGGGCUACAAGCCUCCAGCAACCACGACUUCAGAUAGUGACUCAGAAACUCCGGCCGUGACUGUUGUUGAACAGGACGUGUCGGCCUUCCUGCCGCCGGGAUACAAGCCCGACAGCCAGGACCCCACUACCACCGAGAAAUCCACCACGAGGGCGCCGAGCAGGAAGGGCGGCAUCGUCUUCCCGGGCGGCAGCAACAAGGAGAGGAAGCCACUCGAUCUGAACCUGCCGCUCGGCCGUCCUGACGACAGCAGCGAGGCUGGAGGCAGCACGCCGCUGCCGCCUUCCGCAUACGAUCUGGAGAACCCCGGCAAGGGCCUCUUCUCACGGCUCGGCGACCGACCGAAGUUUACGGGCUGGCCAAGCCCUCCUCCGAAGCCGACGGUGCCGGGUGAGGUCAGGACGACCAAAUCAACCACGCCUCUGCCGACGGCGGCUACCACCACUACCACGACCACGACCACCACCACAACUCGCGUGCCGACCACGCCUGGCGUGUGCGGCUCCAACUGCCGCAUGGCCAGCUCGGUGCGCAUCGUGGAGGGCCUCACCUGGAGGCCGGAGCUGGCAGUGCGGAACACGGAGCCGUGGAAGGACGCCGCCGAGCUGGUCACACUCGAGCUCACCGAGGCAUUCAAGGCGUCCCCACUGGCGGUCUGGUUCGACAAGGUCGUCAUCGACUCGUUCAGGUACGUGUCGCCCCCGAUCGGUUACGCACUGAAUGGUUGA